AUGGCGACCUCGGCAGAUUACGACGCUUUGCCGCCGAAAGAGGCGUUGUUGGAAGUCUUGGAAGAGCCAAAAGACGUGAAGACGCUUGAUGAUUUCAUGAGAAUGGGUCGUUACUGUUUUCUGAUUCUUAUUUUCGCCGAGUUCGCUCUGCUCGCCGGCGCCGGCAACAUGAUCUUCAUGAUGUACGCAGGUUUGGAGAAAUGAAUUCAAACAAAUGAAAUAAUGUGGAAAUUGAGGAGCCGUCCCGAAUGCCGUGAGUUGUCGAGGGCCCGAAGUUUUCAUCGAAGAUCUUUGCGCCACCGCUUUCGACUACAGUAACCCUCCCAACUGUACAGUUGAAACGAAGGCCGACUUCGUUUCUGUUAACGUCGAUGUGGGUUUUGAAUUGUAUUUUCAACUGAAUCCAUUCAUUGGAUGUCAUCUUCAACAUUUGAGGCUUACAUUCACAUUGUCUCGCUUCGAAAUUAAGCUAUAUUUAAACAUAAAAAAAUUCCUUUUCGAGAACUAGAUUUGCAAAUAUUCGUUUGAAUGACUCAGAAUAAUAUCUUAGAUUCCAGCGAUGAGAAAAACUCAGAAGUAUAAUUUGAAAUAUUUUAAAAAUUUUCAUAUUAAAACCCUUUUCAUCAAUUGAAUAAUGAAGCAACUGGCGACUAUUCUCACAAGAUUCUUGCAGUUUGGAUAUGUUUGCGACGCGGGAAACUGGGUGAAAACAAGCAUUUCGAUGCAAAUGCUGGGCGUUCUGUUCGGCACGGUCAUCGCCGGAAACCUGAGCGAUCGUCUCGGCAGAUUGCGAGUCAUUUUUUCUUCCAACUUUAUCCGAAACUCGGCUCAACUUCAUGCGGAACAAUAUUUUUCAGGUUCUCUCGUUCUCCUUCGUUUUUGUCGCCAUCUUCAGCGUUGCCACCGCCUUUUCCACGAAUUUGCUCGUUUUUACUGUGUUUCGGACAAUUUUGGGAGUUUUCAAUGGCGGCUUAGUUGGGUAAGCAUCAACAAUUUAUUCUAGCUGUGCAAAACUUCGAAGUAUUCGGAAACGUGACCUAUAAAAUGAUUUUUUAUGUUCCGCUAGGAGAUGAAGAGAAGCUGAAAUUUCGAAAAAAAUUUUUAAAAAAAUUUAGAACUUUGUGUUUUUUUCUAUGAUAAUUGAAAUUAUUUCUUAUUCUUUUUGUUUGUGUGACGUUAGACUGUACUUUCUUGAUGAUUUGAACAGAAAUUAUUAUAUUAUAGUUUUUCCCGUUGGUGCCGAGGAUCCUUUUUUCUUAUUUUUCGAACUAAUUAUUUUUGUAAAAACCUUAAAUUGGGUGAAUAAUAAUCAGAGAGGCAUUCUCAUCAGUUUUCAACAGAAAACCGAUUUGAAAACGGUUGAAUAUGAAUGGAAAACGAGCCAAAACGGUGCGGCGGCAGCCGAAAAAUCGGAAAACGCCAGAUUUUUCGGUUUUCUCGAGCGUCACUAAAAGCUUCAUAACUAAGCUCAAAAUCAAAAUUUUUCGAAAAGCUAAACUGAUUUGAUUUUUGGACAAUCUGCUCUAUCCAGUGAUAUUGGUUUCGACUAAGCAUUACUUUUUUCAAAAAUGGCUUGUGGUGCCUUAACUUACACGGGAAGUGCGAAAGGUCGAGGUAUUGGAAUUUAAUGAAACUUGGUAUAUAGGUACUUCCGAACACCCUGAAUCCAAAGCAGUUGGAAAAAAGUGCGCCUUUUUGGUUUUAGUCGAGUUAGAGCGCCUCAAAGUUUGCACGCAAAAAUUGCAUUGGAAGGGAGGAGGGAAUGUAUUGUGGCGGCUAACUCUAGCUGCCAGCAGGCGGCGUGGUGUAGUGGCUAGAGGCCUUGCGCUGUGAAACCUAUGAUGCAGGCUCGGUCCCUUUUUGGUCAAAUUUUUUUUUGCCAUGAAGUUUUUCGAAAAAAUUGAUGAACUUUAGAAGAUAGAACGAAAAAUACCGUUCAAAGUGUCAAAAUUCACUAUUUUAUGUCGUUUUGAGAAAGACUUUCAACAAAAAAAUUUUUUAGUCUUUUUUUGUCCUGCUCUGUGCAGGAAAUUUGGGCGUCGAGAUUAUUCUUGCGAGAGUUCAUAGUUUUGUGAUAUAAAUAACAACUUAUUGUAGUUCUAUGCUUCUAUUCUUAUUCAUCAAACAAUUUUUUUCUUCAAGGGUGGCGGUUAGUUAACCCACUUCCUCGUUGUUUUCCUUCCCUGCAGCAUCGCCAUAUCAUCUCGAUUGUGAAAAUAAAGUGAAGCUGGACUUUGAUACACAUUUUUACACACAUAACGUCAUAAAGGAAGGAAAGAAGAAUAAAUCUCAUAAAACUUUGAUUUUAUUGGUUCAUCAGAAAACUUUUUGCAGGAAUGGGUCGACCAUAAGCCUUAUGGUUAGGCAAGGAAAAAUGGAGCAAAAAAUUUUUUGUCGAAAUUCUUUCUCAGAUGGGCAUAAAGUGGUGAAUUAUAAAGUUUUGAGCUUUUCUUUCACUCCAUCAUCAAAACUUCCUCAUUUUUCAAAUAAAAGAAAUUGGCAAAAAAAAUUUGACCAAAAAGGGACCGAACCUGCAUCAUAGGUUUCACAGCGCAAGGCCUCUAGCCACUACACCACGCCGCCUGCUGGCAGCUAGAGUUAGCCGCCACAAUACAUUCCCUCCUCCCUUCCAAUGCAAUUUUUGCGUGCAAACUUUGAGGCGCCCUAACUCGACUAAAACCAAAAAGGCGCACUUUUUUCAACUGCUUUGGAUUCAGGGUGUUCGGAAGUACCUAUAUACCAAGUUUCAUUAAAUUCCAAUACCUCGACCUUUCGCACUUCCCGUGUUAGGUUCACAAUUUUGAUAAAAAAAGAAUUAAAUGUAAAACCUUCUAAUUUUUCCUACUUAUUAAUUGAUAAAAAAACUCUUCAGGCUCCAAGCUUUUUUUGCUCAGUCAUAGUUUAUUGAAAAUUUGAAUCAAAUUUGAUUGAAAUAGCUUUUGAACAGGUAUUUUCUAAGUUGGAACGGCACUUUCAAAAAGUUUUCCGAAGAUCGGCCGUUUUGUAGAAUUUCCUCUUUCAACUUCAAACUUUUCAUUAUUCGUUAUGGUUCAAAGUUAAGAACAUACGGUGUGUACAAAAUCGAGCACGUGCCAAGAAGACACCGUUUCCUGGUGGCGACGAUCGUCAGCUGGGCUCCCAACAUGAUGCUUCUCUCGGUUGUUGCCUGGUUAGCCAAUGAGGAAGAUUGCUCAUAUUAUAGCGAGUUCUCAGGUGGACCCAAGACUGGCGCACUUUCCAGCUCGCUAUUCUUGUGCUGUCGUCUCCAGCGGCUCUGCUCUACUUGUGAGAUCAAUCUUCUCCCAAGGAUAUUGUUUUUUUUCUGUUUCAGUUUUGUGAAUGAAUCUCCAAGAUGGCUCAUACAGCGUGGACGAGUUGCAGAAGCGCGUCGGGUGCUGAGAAAAAUCCAAAAGAUGGACGGCGCCAAGGAAAGUUCGAAAGAAGAGUUGGAGAAGAUGCUCGACAACGAGCAGAAGGUCUGAUUCAAGUUGGUUCAUCUGGAUGAAACUUCUGCAGAUUCACGAAGAGACGCUGAAGCAAAAGAAGAACUAUGAUAUGCGGGACUUGUUCUCCACCAAGUACUUCACAUUCAUCACAUUUGUGAUGCUCUUUGGAAAGUUCGUUUCAAGUUUCAUUCCUAUCAAAUAGGGAAAGGCAGAGUCCCAGUUUCGCAGGUCUUUUUCUAAAGACUUUAAAGACUAUUUCAGAAGAUAAGUUACGUUUUGCGGGUGACAUGAAUGUAGAACUCGUGAACAAAAGUUGAAUGAAUGAACAAAAAAAUGAACUUCAAGGAUAAGAAAGUUUGGAUUGUGCUAAAAAUUGCAGUCUGGUAGGUUAAGAAGAGCAAGUUGAGGAUUAGUUUUGAGUUUUAACUUCGCUGCAGUAUUAAAGCUUUCAUAGUUGGAAAAAGUUUGCAGAAAAAAGUUUAUAUUUUUUGCAUCAUAGCAUGUUUUAAGAAUAUAAAAGGCAUCGAUCCUAUUGAUUUAUAGGGCUUUAGUAAAUUAGAUACUUCAAAUAGUGAAGUCAUUUUUCAGGGUCACAACUUCGUUAACAACCUACGGCCUGAUAUUCAACAUCGAGAAACUCGCCGGCUCGAUUUUCAUCAAUUCGCUAGUGAUGGCGAGUCUUCGAUGGGUCUUCAACGUUUCCAUCGGCGCUAUCGAUUACAAGUUCGAAGCCCUUGUUGGUCAGAAAAAGAAGAAGAAUUCAGAUGCAAAUCGGUGGGUCGAAAAGUGGUCCACUUUGCGGCGCAGUUCACAAUUGCCUUGUGUCUUCUCUUCAUUUUUGGUGUUUUUCUUCUAGGUAAGAGCAGUUUGGGCGAUUUUUUCAUUGGAAGUUUUCAAGAUGGUAGCUCGGAGUACUCUUGGGCGGUCCGGAUAGCGUCUCUGAUUGCAAUGUCGACGGCGUCGCAAGUUUUCAUCACGAAAAGCAUCGUGACGGUGGAAUUCUACCCGACGAUGGUCCGGAAUUCCGCGAUCGCGAUUCAGUCGAUGGCCAGUCGCAUUGGAACCAUUCUGGCUCCGCAGCUCUUCAUCUUGGUUCGUUAUCCAUAGCACGAUCGGAAAAUCAUAGUCAGGUCAAAAUGCAAUUCGGAUUUUCUUGGAUGUUCUGAAUAUGUGUCUUUCCCAUGAAUUUCUGUGAAUCAUGAUUGACUCUCCGAAUUCUUCGAUAAAAUUUGGCGAUCAAUGACCGACAGCUAGACUAUCGUUAGCCUUUCAAUUUUUUUCGAAAAACUUUUAUCAUUAAAGGAAACAUGAUUUCUCUUUUUUUAACUUGAUCUAAUUUUCUCAAGAUUCUUUUUCAUUUUUUGGCGAUUUGGAAAAAGGGAAGAAAUGAAACCAAAGGUGUUUAUCUCAAGGGUCUCUGUGAAUGACAAACUCCUCAUUCAGAGUCCCUACCGGAGCAUUCCUUAUGCGGUACUCUCCCUGGUGUCCCUCAUGGACUGUCUCGUCUUCCAAGCGUCGCUGCCGGAGACCAAGAACAUCAACCUGCCCGACAAAGUCCCUGAUAAUUCCUGUUCUGCGAAAAUGAAUUCUGUGAACUCUCCACUAGUCCCUACUGGAAAAUCUUCAGCCUAA